AUGAAUCCAAGUUAUCCUGACAACUUUGGUAGCCCUUAUUAUUAUCAUAUUAUUCCUUCUCACUCAAACGACAUAACAGGUUUAUGCUCGGUACCUAAUAACUCAACUAAUCAAGGCUCCAGAGACAAUAUCAUCAAUUAUGAUAAUAAUAACAUAAUUCAUGCAAACUCUGGAUUCGGUUAUCAAAGCAUUGGUGACAACUAUGUUUAUGGUCCUAAUCAACAUAUUAAUAUGACUCAUAGCGACAUCAAUAAUUACCAUAAUCCUUCUAACCCAAACUUUAAUAACGAUAUGGUUCAAAAUUCAUCCAACAUCAUGGGAAUUAAUUGUCAGUAUUCUCAAAAUCCUAAUGUUCUUAACCAAAGUUACUUCGAUCCUAGAAACCCUUACAACAACAAUAAUCCUAUCGUCACCAAUAAUAAUUUUGUUGAUCGAAAUUUCAUCAAGUCAGAGAUCCAACAUAUGCUACAGAUUCUGAAUACGCUAUAUCAACUGUUAGAUAACAAUGGCAUUCGUUAA